AUGGAGCUGCUGCCACUUUCUACUGAGCAACUCUCGAAGCUGGCGGCUUCCAAUGUGCCACCAUCUCAACUCUUCGAAGUCUUGUCGCAAUACGAAGCCGAAGCUUGUCUGAUCCCUGCAGAGGGUGAUAGCUCUCAGACCGACAAUUCUGGCUUGGAGUUGUUGAGCCUUUUCUAUUCUAGUUUCUUCCUCACCCACCUUCUAACCGAUCAAAUACCCGAAGCCCGUGCCUUGACCAAGCGAAUGCCCGAAACCCUCCGGAACAAGGACCCUUCUCUGCAGAAUUGCCUGACACUAUUACGAGCCGUAUGGCAAACCCAACACGACCAAGUCUAUCAGAUCCUGCGGAGGUUGCCGUGGCCAGAGGCACUGCAGCGACUAGUACAAAGAUACGAGAGUAUGGACUUGUUCCUGCCAGCUAUCUUCCAGUCAAGUACUGACAUCAGCUCCAUAGGCUUCUUCCAAGACAAGUCUUUGGUUGCACUCAGCCAUUCCUACGAGGCAAUACGACCUGCAACCGCAGCGGGAUAUUUAGGCCUUGACCAAAAGGCCGCUGAGAAUGGCGACCCAAACAUCAUAACGAAAUUCAUCGGGUGUGGAUGGACAUGGGAUCCGGAGACUCAGUUGCUGCACCCUAAACCGAUCGCUGUACCAUCCCCCCAUAACCAGACCACGAAUGGCAUUCGAGAAGCUAUGGCCAUGCUUGGAAACCGGGCAGGUUGA